AUGGUCAAAUCGUAUUUGAAGUUUGAGCAUUCAGAGACUUUUGGGCUCAUUGCCUCGGCAACGUCCAAUGCGAUUUGGGCAAAAGAUGAGCAAAUUCCGGGCUCUGCUCGCCAGACCGGUGCUGGUCGAGCGAUCGUCGGUGCGAGUGAGCAGGUUCUGUGCUGGGAUGUGAAAAAGGGCGAACUAUUGGGUCGCUGGAGAGACUCUGCUUGCAGAGCGCAGGUAACUGUGGUCACUCAAAGCAAGACCGAUGAGGAUCUUUUCGCCGUCGGCUACGAGGACGGCAGCAUUCGAAUCUGGGAUUCGCGAACAAGCACCAUUAUUAUCUCGUUUAACGGUCAUAAAUCUGCUGUUACCCAGCUGGCCUUCGAUAAUGCCGGUGUGCGCUUGGCUAGUGGCUCAAAGGAUACCGAUAUUAUUCUAUGGGAUCUGAUCGCCGAGGUUGGAAUUUUCAGGCUUCGCGGACAUACAGAUCAGAUCACUUCUCUGAACUUCCUCUUCCCGUCCCAAGAGCUUCUCAACGCUUCCGGACUCAGCGAACACGCCGGCUUCCUCCUCACCACUGGUAAAGAUUCCCUUAUCAAAGUCUGGGAUCUUGCUUCGCAACACUGUAUCGAGACUCAUGUGGCGCAAACAAAUGGUGAAUGUUGGAGCCUUGGUCUGUCCCCUGAUCAGGGCGGCUGUAUUACAGCCGGCAACGAUGGCGAAUUGAAAGUCUGGUCAAUUAACGAGGGCGUGAUGCUCGAAAUCUCAAGAGAGAAGGUAGCACAGGAAGGGCAGAGGAUUCUGACCGAUCGAGGAACUUUCUACCGGAAUGGUAAGGAUCGUACCACCGGUAUCCGAUUCCAUCCUCGUGCGGACUACGUGGGUCUCCACGGUUCAGAGAGAUCCGUGGAAGUCUGGCGCAUCCGUUCACAGACCGAGGUACAAAAGGCUAUUGCUCGCAAGACGAAGAGGAGAAAGGAGAAAGAAGCCAAGCGCGAAGGCAAGGAAGACGGUGCAGAGCCAGAGCAAGGAAUCCCCGAAGAUCCCACGUCCGCCCCGGUGACUGAGGUUUUUGUGCCGCACGUUAUCGUGCGAACGACUGGCAAAGUCCGUUCCUUCGACUGGAUGACGACAAAGACGAGCGGAGCCCUGGGCCUGCUUGCCGCGACAACAAACAAUCAGUUGGAAUCAUACAGCGUGGUGACGGCGGCCAAGAAGAACAAGGAUGAAGAGGAUGGCGAUUACACGAGGACUCUCGCGGUAGAGAUUCCGGGUCACCGAGCAGAUAUUCGGUCAGUUGCAUUGAGUUCUGAGGAUCGCAUGCUCGCGUCCGCAUCCAAUGGCAGCCUGAAGAUUUGGAACAUUCGCACAGGCACUUGUUUGCGGACUCUGGAGUGUGGAUAUGCCCUCUGUUCCGCUUUUCUUCCGGGUGAUAAGAUUGUCGUUGUGGGCAACAAAAAUGGUGAACUAGAGGUGUUCGACAUUGCGUCUUCCACUCUUCUCGACACGAUCAAGGCCCACGAUGGUCCGGUCUGGUCCCUCCAUGUUCAUCCCGACGGCAAGUCCAUGGUCAGUGGUAGUGCAGACAAAACCGCCAAGUUUUGGGAGUUCAGGGUUGUGCAAGAGGAGAUCCCCGGUACCAAGCGCACUACACCGCGUCUGAAACUGGCACACACGAGGACUCUGAAGGUGAACGAUGACAUUCUCAGCCUGCGCUUCUCUCCCGAUGCGCGCCUGCUGGCCGUCUCCUUGCUGGACAACACAGUGAAGGUCUUUUUGUGGACUCUUUGA